GUGUGUGAAGAAAUGUUUAAUUGCAUUGCUUGUUAACUCAUCCUUUGAUUGUCAUCGCAUUGGUGUUUCCAGUAUGCAGCCAUAAAUUUUCUUUCGACAUGUUGCUUUUUUUCUCAUUUGAAGUGAAUUGAACAAAAAACAAUCAGCCAACAACUGUGUCAGUUUGUGCUCUGCACCGCCCCUGGCGGGGUGCUGCUCAACGCUCUGGACUACAGAGUGUACAGGGAGGCAGGGCAAUGAGUGAGCUGCCACCACCAUCACCACCGCUGUGGUCACCAUUCCAGCCCGGAUCACUUCCUUAAAAAACAGCACAACAGUGCUGUGCACGUACAGAGCUGCUGGGAGCCAUGGCGGAGAGCGGCGGCGGUGGCGGAGGCGGAGGUGGAGGUGGAGGGGGAGGGCUCGGCGGGUUGCAGCAGGGAUCGCCGGCGGUGUGUGUCGCCUCCUCGGACUCGGUGCCUCCUGUGCCGGUGUCGCUGGCUUUGCCGGUUGUCAGCUGCGCCGCGGUUGCAGAGAGCGGCCGAUCCGCCGCCGCCGCCGCCGCCGCGGGGAGUCAGCAGCAACAACAGCAGCAGCAGCGGGAGAGGAUUGCGCUGAGGAAAGCGCAGCUCCGCAACUACCCCCGGACAAAGAAACUGGAAAAACUCGGCGUUUAUUCCGCCUGCAAGGCUGAAGAAUCAUGCAAGUGCAAUGGCUGGAAAAAUCCAAAACCCCCUCCAACCCCUCCAAGAAUAAGCCUCCAGCAGACAACUGUCAGUCUUACAGAACUGUGUCGGAGCUGUAACCAUACACUCACUGAUCAUGUUUCCAAUUUGGAAAAUGUAUCCGAAGAAGAAAUGAACAGGCUGCUUGGAAUAGUACUAGAUGUGGAGUACUUAUUUACCUGUGUCCACAAAGAAGAAGAUGCAGACACAAAGCAAGUUUAUUUUUACCUGUUCAAACUUUUGAGAAAAUGUAUUUUACAAAUGGGGAAUCCUGUGGUGGAAGGACCGUUAGGAAGUCCACCUUUUGAGAAACCCAGCAUUGAACAGGGAGUUAAUAACUUUGUGCAGUACAAGUUUAGUCACCUUCCAUCAAAAGAAAGGCAAACUAUUUGUGAACUGUCCAAAAUGUUUCUGAAUCGAAUCAACUACUGGCAGCUGGAAACUCCCUCACAACGGAGGCUUCGUUCACCAAAUGAUGAUGGUGCUGGAUACAAAGUUAAUUAUACAAGAUGGUUGUGUUAUUGUAAUGUUCCUCAGUUCUGUGAUAGUCUCCCACGACAUGAAACCACCCAGGUUUUUGGCAGGACGUUGCUCCGCUCUGUUUUUACUGUCAUGAGGCGCCAGUUACUGGAGAAAUCCAGGCAGGAGAAAGAUAAGCUACCAUUAGAAAAACAAACAUUGAUCCUUACCCAUUUUCCAAAAUUCCUUUCAAUGUUAGAGGAAGAAGUGUAUAGCCACAACUCUCCUAUAUGGGAUUUAGACUUCAUGGUGUCCUGUGGCAACAUCCAACUAGGAAUACAACAAGUUGUAAACUCUCCUGCAGUUCCUGGGAUUCUGCCAAACACAAAAUCAUUUGGGUAUGGAUCGAGCCCAGCUUCUGAUCAAACCAACAUUGGAAGUUUGAGUCCUGUCUGGAGGAACAAAGCAGCUCUGAGCUCAGAGCAAAUAUUAGGAGAGAAAAGAAAACCUACAGAACCACUUACUAUGGAAGACGCCAAGAGACAAAGAGUUUUGGGAGAUAUCCCAAUGGAGUUAGUGAAUGAAGUAAUGUCAACUAUCACAGAUACAGCUGCUAUGUUGGGUCCAGAGACCAGCUUGCUAUCAGCACAUGCAGCCAGAGAUGAAGCAGCAAGGCUUGAAGAAAGAAGGGGUGUAAUCGAGUUCCACGUUGUGGGAAACUCACUCAGCCAAAAACCAAACAAGAAAAUGAUGAUGUGGUUAGUUGGAUUACAGAAUGUUUUCUCCCAUCAAUUACCCAGAAUGCCCAAGGAAUACAUCACUCGGCUUGUUUUUGAUCCUAAGCACAAGACCCUUGCUUUGAUCAAAGAUGGCCGUGUGAUUGGCGGUAUUUGUUUCCGGAUGUUUCCAACGCAAGGCUUUACAGAGAUUGUGUUUUGUGCUGUAACAUCUAAUGAACAAGUGAAGGGCUAUGGAACCCAUCUAAUGAAUCAUCUGAAAGAAUAUCACAUCAAACAUAACAUUCUGAACUUUCUGACUUAUGCAGAUGAAUAUGCAAUUGGCUACUUCAAAAAGCAGGGAUUCUCUAAGGAUAUAAAAGUUCCAAAAGUCAAAUAUGUUGGUUACAUUAAAGACUAUGAAGGUGCCACUCUGAUGGGCUGUGAAUUGAAUCCAAGGAUCCCGUACACCGAGUUCUCAGUGAUCAUAAAGAAACAGAAAGAGAUUAUAAAGAAGUUGAUAGAAAGAAAACAAGCACAGAUUCGAAAGGUGUACCCAGGACUCUCUUGCUUUAAAGAAGGAGUGCCACAGAUUCCUAUUGAAAGUAUACCUGGAAUAAGGGAAUCUGGUUGGAAGUCGAGUGGAAAAGAAAGAGGUAAAGACUCCAGAGACCCUGACCAGCUUUACAAUAUCUUUAAAAACAUCCUGCAACAAGUAAAGAGUCACCAAAGUGCUUGGCCAUUUAUGGAACCAGUUAAAAAAACUGAAGCCCCUGGUUAUUAUGAAGUAAUUCGCUUUCCAAUGGAUUUGAAAACAAUGAGUGAACGUGUGAAGAACCGCUAUUAUGUGACCAAAAAGUUGUUCAUGGCCGACAUGCAACGAAUCUUCACCAAUUGUCGUGAAUAUAAUCCUCCAGAAAGCGAAUACUUCAAAUGUGCCAAUAUCUUGGAAAAAAAUUUUUACAGUAAAAUUAAAGAAGCUGGACUGAUAGACAAAAUUAAAAAAAUGCAAUGAUGUGGAAGAUGGAUUUUGAAGCCCCAUACCCAGUGGACCAAAGAAUCUCUACAGUGCAAAAAGAUGCCAUUCAGCCCAUUGAGUCUGCAUCGACCCUCCAAAGAGCAUCCAUCCAGAUGCAGCCCCACCCACAUCCUGUAACCCCACAUUUUAUCAUGACUAAUCCAUCUAACCUGCACGAUUUUGGACUGUGGGAAGAAACUGGAGAACCCGGCGGAAGCCCAUGUAGACACAGGGAGAACUUGCAAACUCCACACAGUUACCCAAGGCUGGAAUCAAACCCAGGUCCCUGGCACAAUGCUAACCAUUGAGCCAUCAUGCUGCUUCUUUGAGAUCACCCCCAGACUAGGGUAGGAAAGGACGUAACAUCCUGACCACUGAGAAUUUAACCCUCCCCCACCUCAAAUGUACCACUAAGUGAUCAGAAUGUCCAGUCAAGGCAGGCAGUAGGAUUACUUAAUGUAUAAAUUAGAAUCCUUGAUUUACAAAAGACCCUAUUUUCUAUGUUAGGGCAGUCUGUAGUUUAGUUAGAUUGGCAGUUUAUUCUAAACAAAGAGCAGCCCAGGCUAAAUUUUCCUAUAUUUCUGUGAGGUCAGGGAUGCUCACGCAAGAUCUACAGAAUAAGCUUGUGUUUUUGCCACUCAGUUACCAUUGUUGGCCUAUAACAGACCUAUUGUCUUAUGGCUGAAAUAUGCAGAGGUAACAGCUUGGCCAAAAAUGUCUGGCAUCUGUCACAAUAUUUUAGUCACAGGUUAAUCAGGUUCAGCUUUCACUGGGGCUGUUGAGUGGCAAAGUCCACAUUAAGGGGACAUCUGACUCGUUCAGUUCCAGUGAACUGAUGAAUUGUUCCAUUCCUGCCCCCAUUUUGGAUCUAAAUGCUUCCCAGUAUGUUUUGUACUAUUUGUUAAGAAAUGUCAAAUUUUGAAAUGCCCAAGCAGUUUAAAAUUUUAAGUAUCACAAAGAUGAGCUUCUUUGUUCUCAUUUGGAUAAACCAAAGCAGCAUUCUGGUGUUCCCCAGCCAAACUCCAGAAUUUAGAUAAUACUUUAAAAUUCACAAUCCCCCAUGAACUGCAAAUAUUUUGACAUAAAAUUCCUAAAAUCAAUGUUUUUUUGUUUCCAUUCAGAUGCAUUUCUUAAGAGAAAAAAGUUUUGGUUUCAUAAUUUGGAAUUAAAAUAAAUUUGUUUAAUGAGGAUUCAAUUAUUUUUAAACCAGUCCUUUCAUAUUUUUAUUGAUGCUCACCAGAACUGGAGGAUUAUUUAAUUCAGUACAUGAUUUCUAAAAGGUAAGCCAUCACAUUACAUUUUUAUCUCAUUAAUAGAUUUUCCCCACAACAAUUUCUUAUAUCCCAAACAGUGAGGGAAAGAAGAAACCACAUACAAUGUCUGUGUCUUAAAUAAUUUCAAUAAGUUCUUGGCAUUUUCACCAAAACCAAAAUCUUGCAUACAUACAAUCAUACAAGUUAGGAUCAGCUCCUCAAGUCUGCCCUGCUAUUCUACAUGAUGGCUUAUCUGCCCCAGAUCUCAAUUCCUUUCCAGUGUCAGCUCCUUAUUGCACUCAACUCCUUGUAAUUUCAAAAAUCUACCUCCUCUUUAAAUACUUGUAGUGAUCUAACCUCCACACCCUCUGGGGUAUAUAAUUCCAGUUAUUCACUACCCUCUCCACUCCUUUGCAUCUCAGUUUUAAUGAGUGGCCCCUUAUUCUAGUUUGAAAUUCCCCACACGUGGAAACAUCUUCUCAACACCUACUCUGUCAGGCCUCUUCAGAAUCUUGUAUGUUUCAAUAAGAUCACCUCACAUUCUUCUAACUCUAAUGAACAAAGAUCUAACCUAUUUAGUUCUGAGUCAACCCUAUAUAUUCCAGGAUUAAGCCAAGUGAAUCCCUUUGAGCUGUCUCCAAUGCUUUCUUUCUUAAACAGCGAUCUGAUAGUUCAAUGAGCUCCAUUCUCCUAUCCAAUCCCUAUACCUUUUGACUUCAUUGUCGACCAACAAUAUAUCUAGUUCAACCUUAAAUUAAACUUUCAAUACUCUGUUUCCACCAUUCCAGAGAAGACAAUUCCAAAAUCUAACAACAUUGAGAGAAUAAAAUUGUUCUCUUCCAGCUUAAAUGGGAAACAAUUUAAUUCUAAAUGGUGUUGCCUGAUUCUAACUACUCCUGCAAGUGGAAACAUCUUCACACCAUCUGCCGUGUUGAUUCCCUUCAGGAUCCUAAAUGUUUAAAAGAGAGAGGUGAUCUUAUUCAAACUCCUCAUUAUACAGAUGACUUUACAUCCACAUGCACUCACAUUUUUUAGUUCCUUCAUUAAAAACUCAAUCAAGUUUGUAAGACACAAUUUUCCUCGCACAAAACCAUGCUAAUUAUUCCUAAUCAAUCCUUGCCUUUCCAAAUGCAUGUCAAUCCUACCUUUCAGAAUCACUUCCAACAAUGUACCCACCACCAAUGUCAGACUCAUGUCUAUCAUUUCCAGGCUUCUCCUUUCUUUACAAUGGCACAACAUUAGCCACGCUCCGAUACUUCACCUGAUGAUAAAUUGGUAUAGCUGAUAUAAAUAUUUCUGAUCGGGGCCUGGCAACUUCAUCCCAAUCUUCCCACAACAACCUGGAAUACACUAAUCAGGUCCUGGAUAUUUAUCCACUUUUAUGCAUUCUAGCAUUUCCAACAAGUCCUCUUUGUAUUGUUGCCUGUUGUAAUUAUAGUUGAAAAAAAAUAAUAAUUCAGAGAGGUGUACUCAAAAGAACAAAUUUUUAUAGCUUUGGGCAGCACAAUACAAAGACUGUCUUGUAGAAACUUUGUUUCUAUCAUUUCCAUUCGUGUGGAUAAUGCUGGCAUUUAUGCUCUGUAGAAUUCUUGCCAGAUUGACUCAGUGAGGAGAGAAAGGAAAGGGUGGGAAGGUUGGUCACCUGUAUUACAUAACACUUCACAAGUCCAGAUUGUUUGUCCCAAGUAAAUUACAGAAUCACAGAAUUCUCACAGUGUGGAAGGAGGGCAUUUGCUCAUUGAGUCUGUGCCAUCUUCCAAAUGAGCAAUGAACUGUUCACUAAGUGGAGAAUGAAGACUAUCUAGCUGACACUGGUGAACUGCUUGAUUUAUAUAUAAGUAGACAAAAUGCUAAUACAACUAUAACGUAAUGCUAGACAAUACCAAAACCCAUUUACUUGGGAAAUAUAUUAAUGUAAUUAUGCUUUCCCCUGAUAACUCAAGUAGUAAAUAUUUAAGUGACUGAAUAUUAAUGUGUGAUAGUAGCUAAGUGGUCAUGAGCAACAGUCUGCCCAAAUGAUUUGUUUUCGAAGGAUAUUUUAAUUUAUCAGAACAAAUGUAGACAAAAGUGUAGGUAUUUGCUGUGAUUUAUUUGAAGAUUCAUAUCCUUACAAUGCUGAGUUGGGAUAGCACAAGCUGUCCACAUAUUUCAUUUAUUAUUAUGGUCUGCAAAUCUUUAAUGUGUAUUCAAGUAAGUAUCUCUUUAUAGAAAUGAUAUAAACUGCUGACUGAAAGUUGUGCUCAUCUUUAUUUAAAGCAAUUUGUCCUAAAUUUAAAGAUAUUGCAAUGACUACGUUUAUAAAAAAAACUCAUUAAGAUUUAUUUUCUUAAAUAUUGCACUAUAACAUUAACUACUGACAUAUUGUAGUUAAAAUACUGUGAUCUAAUUGUAUCUACAUAUAUCCUUGUUAAAGACUUCUAUUCAAUUUCAUACCAUUUCUAUAAAUUCCUUUAUUUCUUUCCAGGUUGGUUUGCAAAAUUCAAUUUAGAAACUUAAAGUGCUGUCAACAGCAUUUGUUUUACAAAAUUAUUACAAAAUAUUGUAAAAGGUAUCCCCCGUUUCAUUUUACUGUGCUAUAUAUUACGAAGAGAUUUUCUAGCUUUUAAAAUCCAAAGCCAUUUUAACUUGUUCUAUAAGUAGAAGACCUACUCUGGAGAAAUUGUGCAAGGAUGAUUGUGUACCUGUAGUCUAACUCACAACCCAUUUUUCUCAUUUCGUGGAGCUUUUCCACGAACAUGGAAUUAAUUGUUUUCAGAAUCUUUAAGUUUCAACUGGUGAUUGCAUUUGUGGAUCACCUAUAUUCGCUAUGGUAAACUUGGUAAAAAUAAUUCUCAUUUUCUUUUAUAUAUUUUUUAUGGGUAGAAUUUCUGAUAGCACUUUGCUAUUGAAAUAACAUUUGAAUCCUAUUGUUAAAUUAUAUAUUGGAUACCCAAUUGGACUAGUGGAACAUUUCAAGUUCAUUCAAGAUCUGGUGUUAACGUUCAUAAUUUGAAUGUAAUUCAGUCAAAGUAAGAUUCCAAAGCAAACUAAGACUUAAGAUGCUAUGAUCCAAGCCUGUAUAGGUUGUGUUUUCCACCAAUAUUAUGAAUGCCAGCCUUAAUUGGUGGAAAAUAUUGAACAUAAAUAAGUCAGAUCAUUUAACAUCAAUGCUUUUAUUUAGUAGUUAAAACAAAGUAAUUUGAAAUGUUUAUUUUAUUUUUCAUAAAAUCAUCAGUAAUACAAAAUUAGAAUGUUAAAACUGAGAGACUAACAUAGAGGUUUUCUAAAUGUUUCCUUCAUUCAUUUUGAGGAGGAGGUAGUAGAUUUUGUGCAAUAUUGUAAACUUCACUUUUGUGAUUUUUGUAAACUUUUGUACUUGCUGCCGGUACAACAAAUGUCCUUUGUAAAAUUAAUAUAUUGUACCAAGAUAAAAAUAAAUGGUGUAACUUUCAAAUUA